GAACCCAUAAGAACCCCAUAGAACCCCAUAGAACCCCAUAGAACCCCAUAGAAGCCCUUUGGGAUCCCCCAGAGGAUGCAGGAAAGGCAGGCGCUGCUCACGAGGCUCCGGGGCCCUUUUUCAGUCCUCGCCCCCCUUUCCACCAUCACCAACUGGGAAAGGGAAUUCAACACCUGGACCGAGAUGAACAGCAUCGUUUAUCACGGCAGCCUGGCUUCCAGGCAGAUGAUUCAGCAGUAUGAGAUGUACUGCAAGGAUGGCAGGGGUCGCCUGAUCCCCGGCGCCUACAAAUUCGAUGCCCUCAUCACCACCUUUGAGAUGAUUUUGUCCGACUGCCCCGAGCUGCGCGAGAUCGAAUGGCGCUGCGUCAUCAUCGACGAGGCGCAUCGCCUCAAGAACAGGAACUGCAAGCUGCUGGACAGCCUGAAGCACAUGGAUCUGGAGCACAAGGUGCUGCUCACCGGCACCCCGCUGCAGAACACGGUGGAGGAACUUUUCUCCCUGCUCCACUUCCUGGAGCCGUCGCAGUUUCCAUCCGAGGCCGAAUUCCUCAAGGACUUCGGCGACCUCAAAACCGAGGAGCAGGUCCAGAAGCUGCAGGCCAUCCUCAAGCCCAUGAUGCUCCGCCGCCUGAAGGAAGACGUGGAGAAGAACCUGGCCCCCAAACAGGAAACCAUCAUCGAGGUGGAGCUGACCAACAUCCAGAAGAAAUACUACAGGGCCAUCCUGGAGAAGAACUUCUCCUUCCUGUCCAAAGGCGCCGGCCACACCAACAUGCCCAACCUGCUCAACACCAUGAUGGAGCUGCGCAAGUGCUGCAACCACCCCUACCUCAUCAACGGUGCAGAGGAGAAGAUCCUGGCCGAAUUUCGGGACUCCUGCCCCCACCACGUGCCCCACGACUUCCACCUGCAGGCCAUGGUGCGAUCGGCCGGCAAGCUGGUGCUCCUCGACAAGCUGCUGCCCAAACUCAAGGCCGGAGGCCACAAGGUGCUGGUGUUCUCGCAGAUGGUUCGAUGCCUCGACAUCCUGGAGGAUUACCUCAUCCAGAAGAGGUACCUUUACGAGCGCAUCGACGGCCGCGUGCGGGGCAACCUGCGCCAGGCCGCCAUCGACCGCUUCAGCAAAGCGGAUUCGGAUCGCUUCGUCUUCCUGCUGUGCACCAGGGCCGGGGGGCUGGGCAUCAACCUGACGGCGGCCGACACCUGCAUCAUCUUCGACUCCGAUUGGAACCCACAGAACGACCUGCAGGCCCAGGCGCGCUGCCACCGCAUCGGGCAGAGCAAAGCAGUGAAGGUUUAUCGCCUCAUCACCCGCAACUCCUACGAGAGGGAGAUGUUCGACAAGGCCAGCCUGAAGCUGGGCCUCGAUAAAGCCGUGCUGCAGUCCAUGAGCGGGCGAGAGGGGAGCAUCGCUGGGAUCCAGCAGUUCUCCAAGAAGGAGAUCGAGGACCUCCUUCGCAAGGGCGCCUACGCCGCCAUCAUGGAGGAGGACGACGAAGGCUCCAAGUUCUGCGAGGAGGACAUCGACCAGAUCCUGCUGCGCCGCACCACCACCAUCACCAUCGAGAGCGAGGGCAAGGGCUCCACCUUCGCCAAGGCCAGCUUUGUGGCUUCGGAGAACCGCACCGACAUCGCUUUGGACGACCCCAAUUUUUGGCAGAAGUGGGCUAAAAAAGCCGACCUGGACCUGGAUCUGCUCAACAGCAAGAACAACCUGGUGAUCGACACGCCGCGCGUCCGCAAGCAAACCAGGCACUUCAGCACCUUGAGAGACGACGACCUGGUGGAGUUUUCUGACCUGGAAAGCGAGGAUGAGGAGAAACCCAGAGCCAGGAGGCACGAGAGGCAGCAGCAGCAGCAGCAGCAGCAGCAGCAGCAGCCCCACGUCCUGCAUCCCUAUGGGCGCACCGACUGCUUCAGGGUGGAGAAGCAUCUGCUGGUCUAUGGCUGGGGUCGAUGGAAGGAAAUCCUGUCCCACGGCCGUUUCAAACGCCGCCUCUCGGAACGCGACGUGGAAACCAUCUGCCGCGCCAUCUUGAUUUACUGCCUCCUCCACUACCGGGGCGACGAAAGCAUCAAGGCCUUCAUUUGGGAUCUCAUCAGCCCUAACGAGAACGGCAAGGCCAAGGAGCUCCAAAACCAUUCGGGCCUCUCCAUCCCGGUCCCUCGAGGUCGUAAAGGGAAGAAGAUGAAAUCCCACAAUGCUUUGGAUGUCCAUAAAGCCGAAUGGAUCCGGAAGUUCAACCCCGACGCCUUGUUCCAGGACGAGAGCUACAAGAAGCACCUCAAGCAUCAGUGCAACAAGGUGCUGCUCCGGGUGCGGAUGCUUUAUUACCUGCGCCAGGAGGUCAUCGGGGACCAGGCCGACAAGGUGCUGGCGGGGGCCAUGGCCAGCGAGGUCGACAUCUGGUUCCCCAUGGUGGAACAACUCGAGGUCCCCACAUCCUGGUGGGAUUCAGAGGCCGACAAAUCCCUCCUCAUCGGCGUCUUCAAGCACGGGUAUGAGAAAUACAACACAAUGAGGGCCGACCCCACGCUGUGCUUCUUGGACAAAGCCGGGGGACCGGAUGAGAAAGCCGUCGCCGCCGAGCAGCGCCUGGAUGGCAGCGAUGGCGUGGAUUUCGAUAAGGACUGCGAGGACCCCGAAUACAAACCGCUGCAAGGGGGGGCCAAGGAGGGGGACGAGGAGGGCGACCCAUUGAUGCUGCUGGAUGAGGAGAUUUCGGUGGUGGAUGGGGAUGAAGGUAAUGGGGUGGGGAAGGGGGGCACCAAUGGGGUGGGGGGACCCCAAAAGGGAGGGGGGGACCCCAAUGGGGUGGAGGGGGCAGCUGUGGGGUCCUCCAGGCCAGUGGUGACGUGGCCGGCCAGCUCGGUGCUGACGGCCCGCUUACGCCGUUUGGUGGCCGCGUGCCAGCGCUCGUGUCACCGGCAACGCCUGCGGGUCGAGGCGGCCGCGAGGGGGGAGAGGAGGCGGCGGAGGUGCGAGGCGGCCUGCAAGCUGAAGGAGAUGGCCAGGAGGCAGAAGCAGCAGAGGUGGACGCGGCGCGAACAGGCCGACUUCUACCGCGUGGUUUCCACGUAUGGGGUGGAAUUUGAACCCGAGACGCGGCGUUUCCGAUGGGGUCGAUUCCGAACCUUGGCCAGGUUGGAGAGGAAGACGGACGAGAGUUUGGCCAAAUUCUUCCAUGGCUUCGUGGCCAUGUGCCGACAGGUCUGCCGACUGCCGCCGGCGCCGGGCGAUGGUAGGAUGUGGGGUCGUGGGCCCCAUAGGGUGGGUUUGGGGGGUGGGAUGGGGGGUUUGGGGUGGCCAAGGGGGGUUGAGAGGCG